AUGUCUCACUACAAUCUAAUAUGUUCUGUGUUUGAUACUCAAACGGUGUUGAUUGUGUAAGUAAAUGCGUCGUAGUGUAGAGGCGAUGAGCUGUCAUUACAUACUGUGGUUCUGUUCAGUCUACUUUGACCAUGUUGGAGAGACACGUCUCAUAAAUUUCAUACAAUUUUAGUGAAUUGUUCCACGUUUUGAUUUUUUUACUAGUGAAAUUCAAUAAGAAAGCAUAUUUUACAAAAUAAAAUAAACUUGAAAAAAUAUCGAAGAAUAAAAAAUACGCUGGAACUAAAUCUACUUCCUUGGAGUCGAACAACAACAAAUGAUCUGUUUGACACUUCGAGAUACUGAGUGUUUUUUAUAAAUCCGUAAUCAGCAGCACAACGUAAGUGGCCAAUGCCGGUUAUGAAAGUCAUACUGUGAAAACGAAAAAAAUAGUGUGUAUGUGUAUGAUCUGGAGAAAAUUAAUUUAUGCUCAAGUUGUGUUCAUUCAUCAAUUUUACGGAAUUGAAUUUCUAAAUGGCAAUUAAACGUUUUCGUCGUUAAUUGUUUUUAAUUAGUGCAUCAAAUCAACUCGUAUUGCUGCUUCUAUCUGCUAUAGCUUUCUGAAUCAAUCCAUAAGCAAUAAAUAUAUCAAUCAAUUGAUAAAUAAUGGCUGACUACAUAACACCGACAACUUCGUCUUUGCAUUCGUCACCGAACCGAAAACGUACACGCGAAUCGCUUACGACACGACCAUCUACUUAUUCAUCGUCGUGCAAAACUGCAGUCACUGCUGCAUCAAAUGUUGAAGUGAUGGAAUCAUCAGAAACAGAAACACCUAUUUUUUCGCCAAGCAUUACUCAACCACGUAGUUCAAUUCAUAGUAUCCACAAUGGCCUUUCAUCGAUAAAAUCACAAGCCGAUACUUCAAAUGGAUCCAUCAAUCCAUCGAACGAUACACCAGCACCACCUCCAAUCGUCACAAUAUGUAAACCAGCACCAUUUAAUACUGAUGAAGAUGCUAUCUUGGAGCGAGAACGAUGUGAUUACAGUAUAAAAAUUACAUACGACAUGGCCAAAUCUGGUAAUACACCUCGACCUGGUAAUCGUGUUCGUGUAUAUGCUGAUGGAAUCUAUGAUCUCUUCCACCAAGGACAUGCGAGACAAUUGAUGCAGGCCAAAAAUAUUUUCCCGAAUGUUUAUUUGAUCGUCGGAAUCUGCAGCGAUAGUUUGACACGAAGUCGAAAAGGACGUACGGUAAUGAACGAAAAAGAACGGUACGAAGCCGUUCGUCAUUGUCGAUAUGUUGACGAGAUUGUAACCGAUGCUCCCUGGGAGUUGACCGAUGAUUUUUUGAGUGAGAAUAAAAUCGAUUUCGUUGCGCAUGAUGAAAUUCCAUAUACUAGUAAUAAUACACAAGACAUUUAUGCUAAAGUUAAAGAACGUGGCAUGUUUGUUGCAACUGAACGUACCGAAGGCGUGUCUACCUCUGACAUUGUUGCACGAAUUGUGAAGGACUAUGACUUAUACGUGCGUCGAAAUUUAGCGCGGGGGUACUCUGCAAAAGAAUUGAAUGUCAGUUUUUUGAAAGAGAAAAAAUUCCGUUUCCAAAAUAAAAUGGAUGAGCUAAAAGAUAAAGGAAAACGUGUAAUGAAUGAGGUUAAAGGGGAUUUUAUAACAAAAUGGGAAGAAAAAUCGCGAGAUUUCAUCGAAACGUUUUUGCUUUUAUUUGGACGCGACAGCAUAACAAACAUUUGGGAUAAAUCAAAAGGACGGCUUAUGCAAGCACUUAGUCCACCUGGUUCCCCUAGCCUAUCGCCACGUGGUUCUCCACAUAGUUCCCACAAUGGUGAGGAUUGUGACAAAGAAUCUUCGUCUUCUGAAGGAGAUUCUCCAAAACCGAAACGUCCAGCUUGUACGAACAGCGAAUUUGGUGCAAUCAGUCGAACAACGCGCUCUACAAAUCAUAAUAAGGUGAUUUUGGAAUCAGAAGAAGAAGAAGAGGAGGAAGAGUUUGACGGUGGCGUUGCCACACAACAUAUUCGACGACAUGUCUGAUUAAAUUGUAGAACGGAGAUUUUGGACAUUAGUACCACUCAAUAGCUUCGUAUAUAGAAUAAAAUUUCAAUUCUUAAUACUGUCAACAGUUUAGUUAAUGAAAAAAACGUAAUUUAAUAGAGCAACUGAACAAUAUAUAAACAAGUGUAUACACAAAUUUUGCUUUCAAUAUUGAUUUUUUUUAAUUACACUAAAUACGGGCUUGUUUUUCACAUAUUUUACAGAAUUCAAAGUACUUUCUUGUAUACCAUAAGAAUCUCUAUUAUUUCGCUCUACGUUUCUCACAUCUCUUGAUUAUUUUCGAUUUCGAGAAAACACUUCUAAAUAAGCUCACUUUUUGUAAAUGAUAUCGAACGUAGCAGAUAUUUAUUUUGAGUUUCAAACAAUUCUGAAAAAAAAAUCGUUUUCGAAAAUUCGGUAUUUCGGGUUGAAUUCCUAAGAACCGCGAUGGUAUUCAUACGGAAAUCUUAAAUUGAUUAUAAAUAUGUUGAUUUACUUCAAUGGAAAAAAACAAUGCACAGACUUAAUUGCAAUGCUGCUAAUUACCAAUGCAAGGCAUGAGAGUUCAACACUUUCACUUUCACUUUAUUAGCAUACGAUGAAUAUCAAUUUACAUUUAGAUUCUGCCAGAAUAUUACCAGGCCUCAAAUUCAUCUAUCUCACUAAACUCUAUUGGAAUUUUAUUCCAAAUACAAAUCAUUUUGUUCAUAUAAAUACGAAUUUACACAAAGAAUUAUUUUCGAUUCAGAAAAAUUAUAAAUUACGUUUUUGUUAUCAUGUUAAUAAUCAUAAUCAUUAUUAAUUCCAAAGAAACAUAUUAUAAAUUAACAAUAAAAUAUUCAGUAAUAUAAAUAAUUUAAA